AAGAUCCACCAUAUUUUCGAAAGGAGUUGGCAGAAUGUGAAUCUUCAGUAUUCGGACUAGAAAAUACCAUAAAAAACCUUGUAAAAUUAGCAAGAGCAAGUGCAGAACUUGCACAAGAAUAUACAGCGAAACAAUUACAAUUCGCUGAAGAGCUUGGUACUUUCGCAAAACAACAACCUGAUUCAAUAAUUAAAUCAGUUUUGAUCAAAUAUUCUUCAUCACUUCAAGAGGUUGAAAGAAGUCGUCGAAUUCUUCCAUUAGAAGCUUUUGCAAAGAACGAGAUAUUACCUUUGAAGGAUGUAAAAAAGGGAUUUGAAAAAGCUGGUAGUGAAGCAGACUUUGCACUUUCUAGAUACAUGAGCAAAAGACCGAAAGAUUCGAUGAUUGCCGACGCGUCUUCCGAAGUAUCGGAUACACGAAGGGAAUUUCAUUAUCGCUAUUUGGAUUAUGUUAUAAAAAUUAAUCAAUUGGAGGCGAAGAAGAAAUUCGAGUUCAUGGAAUAUAUUUUGGCCUUGAUGUUCACAGAGUCUUCAUUUUAUCAUCAGAGCUAUGAAACCUUAAAGGAUCUUGAACCACACAUGAAAGAUGUAACAAAGUUAUUACAUGAGGCAAGGACUGAAUAUAAUAAUGAUAUUAAAGAAUCUCAACAAUUAAAGAAAUCUUUAUUGGAGAACGCUCAAGAAACGUACAAUCCGUUACACUCUUUCAAGGCAGGUACUAAGUAUCGCGCACAUCAGGGUUCAGAUGCGACAAUUGUAAAAAAAUCCGGCUAUUUGUUUAUGAAAGGAAAUCAAAGAGUAAUGCAAUCAUGGACGCGUAAAUACUUUACUAUUUCAGAGGAACAGUUAAAUUAUUGUAGUAAGGCAGGCAAAGUAUCAAAAGAAGAGGAUGAAUCAGCAUCUAUUAAUUUAAGGGUCUGUCAUAUAAAGCCGGUUACUAAUUCUGAUAGAAGAUUUUGUUUUGAAGUAAUAUCUCCAAUGAGGACUUAUGUAUUGCAAGCCGAAAAUCAACAAGACAUGGAAGAUUGGAUAUAUUGUUUACAGACUGCAGCUGAAGAAGCUUUGUACACGAAUCAGAUGCCGAAAUUUGAUUCUUCGGGCAUGGGAAAGCUGAUAUCUCAAGAUACACAGAGGAAUGAUAUUUAUUCAAAUAAUCAAGUUAAUUAUGACUCUUCUCAGAGCAUCCAGCAAUCUAUUUUACGAAUUAAGCAAUUGCCCGGUAAUGAAUGUUGUGUAGACUGCAAAUCUAAAGAUCCACAAUGGGCAAGCACAAAUUUCGGAACAUUGCUAUGUAUAGAAUGUUCGGGUAUUCAUCGCAGUCUUGGUGUGCAUGUUAGUAAGGUUAGAUCAUUGAUGCUUGAUAAAUGGGAACCUGAGUCACUUGAGGUUAUGUCGAAGCUUGGAAACUUUAAGGUAAACCAGAUAUUUGAAGCAAAAUUAGUUGGAGAUAACGAGAGAAAAUUGAUGAAUUCAUCAUGGGAACGUGCUGACAGAGAAAAAUUUAUAAUCGGCAAGUAUGUUAAUAAAGAAUUUAUUGUGCAAAAAGAUGAAAAAAUCGAUCUUUCAAACUCGGUUGAUUUGGCUUUUUGGAAAGCAAUGAGUGAUUCUAAUCUGCACGAAGCUCUUCGAUGUUUGUCGCUAGGAGCCAAUGUUGAUUGGAAAAAUGACAAAGAAAAUUAUACUACGGCAUUGCAUCAGGCUAUACUACGAAGUGAUGACGUUGCAGUGGAAUUCCUACUUUCAUGGUCUUGUGAUAUUAAUGAGGUUGAUAAAAAUGGAUGGAGUUGCCUUCAUCAUGCUGCAGCAACGAAUAAUGCAAGACUUUCGCUGAUCCUAAUGAAAAGACAUGCCAACAUCAAUUUAAAAGACAUAGAUGGCAAGCGACCAGUUGAUAUUGCCGUGGAAUUGCAAAAAGUACAAGCAGUAACAGCUUUAAGAUUAUAUCAAUUUGAAAAUCAGCUUACAAGAUCAGAAUAUUCAAAUUUUGGAGUUGACGAAGCAUUAACUAGCAUAUCAAAACCAUAUGCAGUCGACUCUCCUUACGCUGAGUCUCCAUCUACCGAACCCGAACCUGAAUACAUCUAUUUACCCAACAAUUCAUGUUUGGUCCAAGACUAG